UCGUCGUUUCUCAGCCGUCCAUUGGUAAACAGAUCAGACUUGUUCGGUUAUCAUUGGUUUGCGAGAAACCCUAAUUGCAUCGAAUCGCAGAAAGUUUGUUAUCCCCUUUUCUCUCUUCACUUUCAGCAAAUCAUAAAAAAGGUCGAAACUUUCCUUUCCCCUUUUCCACUAUAGUAUAUAAUCCCUUCAACGAGCACCUCUAGGGUUUUAUCGAUCCUUUUCUCUCCCUACGAUGGCGGAAGAGAGGAGCUUGAACGGCGAGGACGACAGUUUCUUCGAUUCCGAUCAAAAUAACGACGGUGGAGACUCGGCGGAAUCGAACAAGAAGAUCGGAGAGCUCGAGUCUCGGAACCAGGAGCUCGCGAGGGAGAACGGCGAAAUCAGCAAGAGAAUCGAGACCCUGACGGCGAAGAUCGAGGAGAUGAGAGGAUCCGAAGCCAAGGCGAGGCGCAAGAUGGGGGAGAUGGAGAGGGAGAUCGACAAAUCGGAGGAGGAGAAGAAGGUUCUUGAGGCUAUAGCUGAGAGAUCCUCCGAGCUCGAGGCGGAAAAGGCGAGGCUUCAGCAAGAACUGGUUACGGCUAAGGCUGAGAAGGAAGAGGCUGAGAAGGAGGCGGAGAAGCUCCGGGGAGAGAUUUCUCAGAAGAGGGAUGGGGUUGUGGAGUUGGAGAAGGAGGUUGAUGAGUUGAGGAGUGGGAAGGAGGAGAACGAUAGGAGGAUGAAGGAGUUGGAGGCAAAGCUUAGUGCUUUGGAGGCGAAGGAGUUGGAAGAGAGGAACAAGAAGGUGAGAGCGGAGGAGGAGAUGAGGGAUAGGGUCGAUAACAAGGAGAAGGAGGUUGAUGAGUUGAAGGAGAAGGUGAAGAGUUUGGAAUCUAAUGUAGCUGAAGGGAAAGCAGAGCUGGAGAAGUGGAGGACGGAGAAGAAGGUCGUGGAGGAGUCGUUGAGGGAGUCUGAGAAGAGAGUGGCGGGGUUGGAGGCGGAGAUUGUGGAGCUGGAGAGACAGAUGGAUGAGUCUGAGAAGAUGAUUAGUGGAUUGAAGAACAUGGUUGAGCCUGUGAAUGGCGUAGAGGUUGUUAGGUCGUGGUCGCCGGGGGCUGUGAGUGGUGGUUCUGGUGGAGCUAUGGCUGCUGUUGCGGUUGUUGCUGUGGCGGGAGCAGCUGUUGUCUUCUAUGUUUACCGCUCGAGGAAGGCUUAAUUCUCGAGGUAGAGUUUUGUGGAAGUUUGAUUUCUUUGUUUUUCGAGUGUUACGAUAAUACCUUUCUUGUUAUGUGAUUGGUUUCACAACUUAGUAGUUUUACUUUA